AUGACACACCCCAGGGGCUUCGCUCGCAUAGAGCAAAGAAUGGCCCAAGAUCGCACGCGUGCUCUUUUUGGCGAUUCACCGCCCCCCAAGCGACAGCCAGCCCCGUACCCCGAAGGCGACAUCAUCUACGAAUGCAAUAGCCGCCGUGUAGUACGACACGGUGAUACUAUCACGAAAUAUAUCAUAUCCCCUCAUGGUUUCGGCGUGCAUGACCAUCCCAACGAGAGUCUAGCGCUACGAUUCAUCAAAGAACACACUACAAUCCCCGUCCCAGAAGUCAUCAGCAGUGACUGGGACCGUAUCACUAUGGAAUACAUCGAGGGUCAGACGCUAAAGGAGGCGUGGCCAACCCUAACCCUCGACCAGCGCUCCGAGAUCCUGGCUCAACUGCGUGACUACAUUGCGCAGAUGCGACGCCUCGGCGGUAUAUACCUCGGCCGCGUGGACGGCCAGGGCGUCGUGGUCCCGAGCAUCUUUACGCGUUCGGGCGGGCCAUUCCGCACAAUGUCCGAAUUACACGACUGGCUUGUUCGGCCCCCGAUACGGUUGGAGGCCGAGUCCAUGUACUGGCACCAGAUCACCACCCAGCUUGGCAACGAAUAUCCCAUCGUCUUUACACAUGGCGAUAUUGCCGCUCGAAACAUUCUGGUAUCUGGCGGCCGAAUCGUUGCACUUCUCGACUGGGAAUUCGCAGGGUGGUAUCCAGACUACUGGGAAUAUGUUUUUGCCUUGCAGGGGUUGGAUAACAUUGACUGGAAGACACUCGGCGAACACGUUCCCUCUCUGUUUACUAAACGCUACGAUUUAGAAUACAUCCUUGUCCAAUUCAUCCUCAGGAUUUCCUAA